AUGCCAUUUAAAUUUCAUAAAUUAAAACAAUUCUUCAUGUCUGCCAAACCACAAAAUCUUGACGACGGUAGUUUGAUACUCAAUCCAAAAGCAGCACACAAAUAUUCCCUGAUAUGGAUGCAUGGUUUAGGAGAUACUGCAUAUGGAUUUUUAGAUGUCUUUUAGCAAUUCCCAGUAGUAAAAGCAGAAACCAAAGUGCUCUUGCUUCAAGCUCCAUAAAGAGCAGUGACAAUAAAUAUGGGAAUGAAAUUCUCAAGUUGGUUUGAUAUCAAAGUGCUUAAGACAAAUGCGAAUGUUGAACAAUUCAUUUAAAAUUUUCAGGAUACUGUUUCAAUGGAAGAAAUACAAGAUUCUAAAAAAAUUGUCACAAAUUAUUUGGACCAAGAAGUGAAAUUAGUUUCAUCUAAAAAUGUAUUCAUCGGUGGAUUUUCUUAAGGAUGCUGUAUGGCUUUGGAAACAGCCUUCAGCUAUCCAUAACCAUUAGGAGGAAUAGUGGGUUUGUCUGGUUAUUUAUUCCCAACCACUUAAAUUAAUGAUGUCCAAAAAGAGACCCCCAUAGUUCUCGUUCACGGCGAAUAAGAUCAGAUGAUUCCAUGCAAUUUAUCAAAGAUAAGCUAUUAGAGAUUGGACAACUCAAAGAGGCAAAUGUUUAAUCAUCAUGUAAUUCCAAAGAUGGGUCAUGAAGUUCCAAUGCCUGUUAUUAAGGUGAUGUUAGAUUUCUUCUAGAAUGCAUAGAAAUGAUAGGAAUCAUUCUUGAACAAUUUAUCAUUAAUAAAAAGAAUAAGCAAUUCAUAUAUUA